CUGCCGCUCAGACCGAGUCGAGCCGCCGCGCGCUCGGGACGCGCAACAUGAGGUGCCUGUGUCUCGUAGUGCUGUUGUGUGUGACGUGCGCCGCCGUGCACAAGCCGAGGAAGGGACGAGGGAGCAUGUGGUGGGGCAUGGCGAAGGCGGGCGAGCCCAACAACCUGUCCCCCCUCUCCCCCGGCGUCCUGUACAUGGACCCCGUAGUGCACGCGACCCUCAGGCGGAAGCAGCGCCGCCUGGCCCGGGAGAACCCCGGGGUCCUGUCAGCGGUCGCCAAGGGCGCCAAUAUCGCCGUUGCCGAGUGCCAACACCAGUUCAAGUACAGACGAUGGAACUGCUCCACGAAGAACUUUCUACGAGGCAAGAACAUGUUCGGGAAGAUCGUUGACAGAGGUUGUCGAGAAACGGCGUUCAUAUACGCGAUAACAAGCGCGGCGGUGACGCACACGGUGUCGCGCGCCUGCGCCGAGGGCGCCAUCGAGUCCUGCACUUGCGACUACUCGCACGUCGACCAGCAGCCGCACCGCUCCCGCUCCGCCGCCGCCGCCAACGUGCGCGUCUGGAAGUGGGGCGGCUGCAGCGACAAUAUCGGCUUCGGCUUCAAGUUCAGCAGGGAAUUCGUCGACACCGGCGAGAGGGGUCGAAACGUCAGGGAGAAGAUGAAUCUCCACAACAACGAGGCCGGCAGAAUGCUCGUCCAAUCCGAGAUGCGGCAGGAGUGCAAGUGCCACGGCAUGUCGGGAUCCUGCACCGUGAAGACCUGCUGGAUGAGACUGCCCAGCUUCCGGUCGGUCGGCGACGCGCUGAUAGACCGGUACGACGGCGCGACCCGCGUGGUCGUGCCCAACACGGGGAUCGAGGCGCCCGUGCAGCGCAACGACGCGGCGACCCAGCGCGUGGCCCGCCGGGACCGGUACAGCUUCGAGCUGAAGCCGCACAACCCCACGCACAAGGCGCCGGGCAAGAAGGACCUUGUCUACCUGGAGCCGUCGCCCGGUUUCUGCGAGAAGAACACCCGGCUCAGCAUCCUGGGGACGCACGGACGCACGUGCAACGAGGCCAGCGACCGCGUGGACGGCUGUGACCUCAUGUGCUGCGGCCGCGGGUUUCGCACGCAGACCAUGUUCGUGGUGGAGCGCUGCAACUGCACCUUCCACUGGUGCUGCGAGGUCAAGUGUAAACUGUGCCGCACGGAGAAAGUGGUUCACACGUGCUUAUAGGAGUGUCCGCUUAUCGUGGCGCGACCGGGACUCUAUGGACGUUCGACACGACUGUACAUAAUUUAAAUAUCGUUAGAUAUAUCAUUUUGACUUGUAAAUUGUUUCAUAUCGCUUUAUCUACUAACGUAAGUGAGCAACUCAAUUAAUUUAUUUGGCUACUAAGUGCGAACUUGUGAUCUAGUGAAGUAGUUUUUGUGGACCCCGUCGGACGGUAAUGAGACUGGUCGAUUUAUGUCCGCCGGUCUGUCGUCGGCCGCAGCGCCGGACCCGGAGGCGUCGAGGCGCGGCGACUUUACAAUGUUUCAGACUACUUUAAAUGGUAUUUAUUACAAUAUCAUUGUAAAGUUUAAAAUUAUUUUAUUUUUAUAUUUUAUUUUAUAAUUUAUUUAUUAUCCAUUGCAGCAUCACGGUCAACGCCAUUAUCUGUAAUUAUGUAGCGAUUUGGAGGGCACGAUGUUAUUUUAUGUCGACUUUUAUAAUGUAAUCGAAUAUGAACCUCGAAGUAACGAAGUAAAACUCGUCGAGGGGCCGGCGGUAUCUUCGCCCUUAUCUGGGAGUAGGAAGCGCCGUCAUAAAAGUGUCCCACAUUAAGAGAUAAACGCUUUCGAGAAUUUUAAUUGAAUAUUAAACGAAUUAAAUAAUCAGUAUUAUACCAGUAUAAAGUUUUACGUGUGCCGGGUCCGAUGGACCCCCGAUAAAGUCCCAUGUUCAUUUGACACUCGAUACUCCUUUUAGGGUUAAAUGCAACUAAUGCAUGUUAUUAAAUGUUUAUAUUUACAAAUGAAGUAUACCUACUGAGCUUAUUACAAAUCUUCCUCAUAAAGUGACUCGGCUCAUUUUAAAGUAUUCUUAAAAUUUUAUUUCAUAAAAUUAUAACGUCUUAACGAGAGAUAUCAAUCGGGCUUUGAGUCUCCCCCCUCGUACGCUCCACUAUAUUUUGAUACUAACUUUAUAAUAAUAUUGAUAAACAUAUUUUUGAACGUAAAUGAUAUUUCAAAUGUGAUAUAAAUAUUAGCUAGACGUAGAAACUUAGGAUAAAAUUAUUCGUCGUAUUUAUUACAACUUAGUUCAGUCAUAUUGUAAAAAUUAGACUUUUAGUUUUAAAUAAACGUAAUGUUUUGGUAUAUGACUUUAAAGUUUUCGGUAUUUUGAUGUUAACUUUUAGAUUAGAAUCAAUAUUAAUAAACUUGGAUUUGAGCCCCAACUUAAAAGCUUCUGGUUCUGACAUAUUGUAUUUUAUAUAUUUAUCAUCUCAUGUUUAAUCUGUCUAUCAGUCUCUUGUAUCGGACACGACUACAGCAGGCAUCUGUAUUGUAAACUCGUAGGGUCUUUUUCCAUGGGCGUACCCAGGU